UUAUCCAUUAGCAUUUGCAUCCAAAUGGAACAAUAGACUAUGGUUGUUUCUAUUUGAAAUACUUACUACUGAACGACAAAUACUGUUCUGGGUCAGAGGGGGCAUGGGAGUGGGAUAUCGCCGCGGUGCGUUCGGAGACGUGAUCCUUGUUCGUUCCUCAUCAGGUGGCUCGACAAACAAGUCGUGUACACGGCACGCGUGACGCACCACGCUGCUCGUGCCUACGUCUCCCUCACCUCAAACCGACCUUGUAGCUAGCACCGCCUGAUCGCGUCCAUAUCAGCCGUGUCUGCCUCCCACCCACAGGUCGCGCUCGUGUCGCUGCCACGCGCCGCACCGCACCAGCUCACCUGCAUCGUCAACUCGGCGGGCGAACCCACCGGCCACCGCGCCCCGUCUCCUCGCCUCCAGGUCCCCGCCCGAUCACCAUGGCGCUCCUCCCGCGUACGGCGCGGCUGGCGCUCCUCUCCGCCUCCCCGCGCGCCUACUCCGCCGCCGCCGCCGCCUCGUCCGCGGCGGCCACCCGCCCGGCGCCAUACGGCGGGGCGCCGCCCCCGGCGCCGAUGUCGAAGGCGGCGGAGUUCGUGGUCUCCAAGGUGGAUGACCUCAUGAACUGGGCGCGGCGGGGCUCGAUCUGGCCCAUGACGUUCGGGCUCGCCUGCUGCGCCGUCGAGAUGAUGCACGCCGGCGCCUCCCGCUACGACUUCGACCGCUUCGGCGUCAUCUUCCGCCCCUCGCCGCGCCAGUCCGACUGCAUGAUCGUCGCCGGCACGCUCACCAACAAGAUGGCGCCCGCGCUUCGCAAAGUCUAUGACCAGAUGCCAGAGCCCCGCUGGGUUAUUUCGAUGGGCAGCUGCGCCAACGGCGGCGGAUACUACCACUACUCCUACUCCGUUGUGCGGGGGUGCGACCGGAUCGUCCCCGUGGACAUCUACGUCCCUGGAUGCCCGCCGACCGCCGAAGCUCUGCUAUACGGCGUUCUUCAGCUGCAGAAGAAGAUCAACAGGCGCAAGGAUUUCCUCCACUGGUGGACCAAGUAACUGCCGGCGCGGUCUCUCUGAAUUCUCGCCUAGCUGUUGUGUCCCAAGAGUCUGUGCGACCUAGGCUAGUCGUCUGAGAAGUGCGGACGUGAGCAUGGAACUGGUGUGCUGAACCCCGGGCCUGGCCCGCAGUCUCUGGACAAACAACGAAACACCUAGUGGUGGAAUGUUGCUGCUUUGUUAGUGUUCGUGUGUUACGCUAGAGGUUGUAAUGUGCUGUUCUGUGAUGAGAUCUGAUUGUAUGGAGAUUCUUGGGCAACAAAUUGGUCAUGACCGGUAAUCCUGAGUAUUCCUCAAAACAGAAAAGUAAUCCUGAGCACUCCUGCAAUUUCGAA